CCUACCUCAUUUUCGCCUGGCGGGUCAGCUGCUCUGUGUUUCAGUCUGAAGCCGUUGGCUGCUACUGAACCGUUUGGCUCUUUUCUCUACUAGCGAGCAACCUACAAUCUAGACCCAACUGCCCAUCCAGCUCAGUUUUUAAGGGGAUUUAUCAUCAUAUGUGCCCGUGUACCAAAACACAUCGGUCAUUGGGGAUUCCCAGCACCGGCUGGCCGGGUCUGAAGGCCGUUAUAACGCGUUUUUCGAGGUUUAAUUAGAGGUAGAAAACAACGGUGGUGGAGGAGGAGGAGAUUCCAUAUUAGGAGCACAGAGGAGAAGGCAACCCCCUUGUGUGAUUUGGAGCUCUUGGUUCUGAUCCCAUGCUGCAAGGCCCCGACUAAACAUACUGGUGGUGCUUACAGACUUACUACUGUGGCUCGGUGUGUGCGUGCUGACCUCAUGGUGUAACAGGAAUAAAGAUGAGCAUUAGCAGUGAUGAGGUCAACUUCCUGGUCUACAGAUACCUACAGGAGUCAGGGUUCUCCCACUCAGCGUUCACGUUCGGUAUAGAGAGUCACAUCAGCCAGUCCAACAUCAAUGGUGCUCUGGUUCCCCCUGCUGCCCUCAUCAGCAUCAUCCAGAAGGGCCUGCAGUACGUCGAGGCUGAAGUCAGCAUCAAUGAGGACGGCACAUUAUUUGACGGGCGGCCCAUAGAGUCUCUGUCCCUGAUCGACGCGGUGAUGCCUGAUGUGGUUCAGACGAGGCAGCAGGCCUACCGGGACAAGAUGGCCCAGCAGCAGGCCGCCGCCUCAGCGCCGGCGUCGGCCACCGGAGGCAGCAUCGCCGGCAACGCCAAGAACGGAGAGAACACUGCCAACGGGGAGGAGAACGGAGCCCACGCCUUAGCUAACAACCACGCAGACCUGAUGGAGGUGGAUGGAGAUGUGGAGAUCCCUCAGAACAAGGCCAUGGUCCUGAGAGGCCACGAGUCGGAGGUCUUCAUCUGUGCCUGGAACCCAGUCAGUGACCUGCUGGCAUCGGGGUCCGGUGAUUCGACGGCUCGUAUCUGGAACCUGAGUGAGAACAGUACAAGCAGCUCCACACAGCUGGUCCUGAGACACUGCAUACGAGAGGGAGGGCAGGACGUCCCCAGCAACAAAGAUGUCACCUCACUAGACUGGAAUAGCGAGGGCACGCUGUUAGCAACCGGCUCCUACGACGGCUUUGCCAGAAUAUGGACGAAGGACGGAAACCUGGCCAGCACACUGGGCCAACACAAAGGUCCCAUCUUUGCCCUCAAGUGGAAUAAAAAAGGCAAUUUUAUCCUCAGUGCAGGAGUAGACAAGACAACAAUCAUUUGGGACGCUCAUACAGGAGAAGCCAAACAGCAGUUUCCCUUCCAUUCAGCUCCGGCACUAGACGUGGACUGGCAGAGCAACAACACGUUCGCCUCCUGUAGUACAGACAUGUGUAUCCACGUCUGUAAACUGGGACAGGACCGACCCAUUAAAACAUUCCAGGGACACACAAAUGAAGUAAAUGCAAUCAAGUGGGAUCCCACAGGGAACCUGCUCGCCUCCUGCUCAGACGACAUGACGUUGAAGAUUUGGAGUAUGAAGCAGGACUCGUGUGUCCACGACCUGCAGGCCCACAGUAAAGAAAUCUACACCAUCAAAUGGAGUCCCACCGGCCCUGGAACCAACAAUCCCAGCGCUAACCUCAUGCUAGCCAGUGCGUCGUUCGACUCGACGGUCCGUCUCUGGGACGUGGAGAGAGGCAUCUGCAUCCACACGCUGACUAAACACCAGGAGCCGGUCUACAGCGUGGCGUUCAGUCCUGACGGUCGGCAUCUGGCCAGCGGCUCCUUUGACAAAUGCGUGCACAUCUGGAAUACACAGACGGGGGCUUUAGUCCACAGUUACAGAGGGACGGGGGGAAUCUUCGAGGUUUGCUGGAACGCAGCGGGGGACAAAGUGGGAGCCAGCGCAUCAGACGGAUCUGUGUGUGUACUAGACCUUCGGAAAUAGUGCUGCUGUUUGUUGGAAGCCAUGGACCGACCAUGAAUGUGUACAUAGCCAAAUGACUGUCCCUGCCUGCCCUGCGUACUGCUCACGCUUACGACUACGGCCCCGCCCACCGACAGACAGGAAGCAGGAAACAGGAACAGGAAGCAAAAAAAAGCACCCGACACAGCAGGUCCAGACGCAGGGACGAACAAGAUGGACGGACACACAGACAGACAGACACACAGACAGACAGACAGACGGGCGGAUGGAUGGAUGGAUGGAUGGAAGCGCCCCUCUCUAUCUGUGCAGACUCUUCCAGAGAUGCAGAAGGGACGCAGUGAAAAAAAGAAAAAACUUGAUAAGACAAAAAAAAAAAAAAAAGUUACAGAUCCGUAUAUGUACCAAAAUUUGGAAGCUAUUUUGCUUUUUUUGAUCUUUAACCCCCCCCAAUGCUCAUCGUCAUCAAAAUGAAAAACAAUGAAAAAAGUGUUGAUCUUUGUUACUAGUUGGAUCUCAUUGUGCAGACAUAUCAACUUCUCCACCAUACGAUAGGAUGGCACUUAGUUUUUUUUAAAUUUCAGAUCUCUUGUUUCAAUGUUUUUAUAUUUUUUAUCUGUGGGGGGGAGGGGGCGGGGCUGGUCGAGGUUUAACACAUCGGAGAAGUACAUACACACACCUACACAAACACACACACACACACCAGACAGCUCUCAAAAAUCGGUGUCCUCGUCACGAUUUCAGACGAACAGCUUCUGUUGUUUCAUGUGUUUCAGUCGUGCUUCUGCAGUCGUCACACGGUUAAAACCUCCAGAUGCAGUAAUGAUAAUAAUAAUGAUAAUUAUCCACGUGUGUUUUUCUUUGGACGCCCCGUAUUCAUCCACCUGCCGACAGGUGUUCACCUGACGGAACAUCUAGAUGCUUUAAAACAGCUCCUCUGUGCACUAUCUGAUCUAGAUGGGUUUUUUUUCCCCCAGUUGUUCUUCCCGCCUCAGAUUACAUCCUGUAACUCAGCCAGUCGGAUCCAAGCAAAUCUUUUCAACUGUUUUUUUUUUAAAACAAAUUUGGCAUCCACAUUUUACAGAGUUUACCUGUCACUUUGAUUCAAGCUCAAAUCAUCAGGUGUGGUGCUGGACAAGCUGAUAAACCCGCUUCAGAUCUCUGCAGAUUCUGGAAUAAGUUGUAGAAGCUCUGGAGACAGAAAUCAAUCUUGGCGAAGGUCCACGAGUGAAACCAGAGAAUCACGUGAGCAAAAUGUGUUUCUGUUGCAGUCCACAGAGUUAAAGUUUGCUGAACUUUGCUGCAAAUUUAAUGGCACCUACAGCUAGCAGCAGUUAAAGUUCACUCUGGUGAAAUGCUGCCCCCUGUUGGUUUGGAGCAGGAGCUCAACAUGUGCUAACACCUUUUUAAAGAUGCAAAAUGGUACUUUGGACCCCAAAUUCCCUCGAUUGGCAGACUGAUGAAAAACAAUUUACAAUUAGGCUUUCUUUAGCAGCAAAUAUAUGUUUUUAAAUUCUUAGCACUGCUAACUGAGCCAACAGUCAUGGAACGAAACGAAAAACAAGAAUAAUUCUAACACAUUGCACCUUUAAUAACUCCACAGCAGCUCUGCCUCCAGAACCUGUACAACUGAAAUCUGAAGUCUUUUUACUGUUUUAAUAACAGAACCUGCAACCAGCCACGUUUCUCAGGCUGCUGUUCAUCCUUUGUUGAAGAGACGUCGCCUUCUGUUCGUUUCUCUCGUUCAGACAUAGAAAAACGUCGAGUUUAGAAAUGCAGCUGAUGAAGACAUUUUCCCCACUGUUGGAUCUCACUGGCUGAUCCAGAACCAGAAACGUUUAAGCAAUAUGUGGACAUCUUUCACGUCUGUGUUUUAUCACCAGGUUCUUGUCAUCAUGUGGGGACAACAACCACAUUUGUUUGUAACCCUGCUGACAUUUAAAAAAAAAAACAUCCUGGUGAAUUUAAAACGGUCAGAAGUGAAGAAGAAGUCGCCUGCAGUGCGUUUGAACUCGUUCACCUUCUCCGGCUCACGUUUCUGUCCCGAGCUCCUUCCUGACGACACGUUUUAUACUCUUUUAAAAGACGAAUUUAAAGUUACAUUUUUGUAAUUUCUUUGUAGAUUUGAAAAAAAAAGACAAAACAAAAAAUGUGAAUUGAUGAUUUAUUGGGCAGUGUUAAUUUACAUGUUCGAUAAAUUUUAAAGAUUUUUUUUUUUCUUUUGUUACUUUGAUGCAAACAGUUAAAAGGUUUGACCCUGUAAUGUAAAAGCUUACUGGGCUGAGCUGUCGUUCUGAAGGCACCUUCACUGGGAAGAGUUUUUUUUUUUUCUUCUUUCCCAGAAGUAAAUUACCACUAAAUUUGUCUGUUUUUAAUAAAGAAAUGUUUUAAUUUUAA